UAUGGCAAAUCUCACAGCUGACAGCAAAAGUUCUUCACAGUACAUGCAAGGAAGCCGCUCGUAUGAUUAUUCAGUAGUUUUGACAAUAAAAGGACAACAUGUUGAAUUGGAGAAAGUUUUAACCACAUUCACAAGCAUUGAUCUCUCCAAAAACUACUUUCAGGGAGUGAUUCCAGAAGUUAUAGGAAAGCUUAAUUCACUUAGAGGGCUGAAUCUUUCUCAUAACAACUUCUUUGGUCAUAUUCCACCAUCAUUGGGAAACUUAACCAAUCUAGAAUGGUUAGAUCUAUCAUCUAACAAGCUUAUUGGUGAGAUACCAGAGGAAUUGGUAGAUUUGACAUUUCUUGCCCUUUUAAACCUUUCCAGGAAUCAACUCGUCGGACCAAUACCUCAGGGCAAACAAUUCAACACAUUUGAAAACAGUUCAUAUGAAGGAAACUUGGGGUUAUGUGGUUUUCCAUUGUCAAAAGCUUGCAAUGAAACUGAGAUGCAAAAGCCAACCAUGCCAAGGGAAGGCUCAGGUAUUGAAUUUGGAUGGAAAGUUGUGGCGAUGGGGUAUGGCUGUGGAUUGAUAUUUGGACUGGCUUGUGGAUGUCUUGUCUUUCAAACUGGAAAACCAAAAUGGAUUGUGAAUUUGGUUGAAGGCAAACGGCUUCAAAAUGGAAAAAGAUCAAAGAAGAACAGAAGAAAUUAGUUAUUAUAUAUAGUGGCAUUUCCAUUUUGCCUGUGGUUAUUGGAAUCAAUGUUGUUUCAUUCACAUGCCACCUUGUGUUGUAAUAACAAUUAAUAAUCUUACCUUU